AAGGAAACUGACAGCUCUUUUAUCUGUAAAAUCGAGAUAAUACCGUACUGAGCAAACCUACACAAGAGGAAAGUCCUCCCACCGACUGGGAAAAUACAGUUUUGCUGGCUCCAGCAUGGAAUAUUAGCAUCUUCGUUUUCAUUUUAGUUCUUCAAAAGCUCUAAGCAGUCAGACGAGGAGCUGGGCUCCUUUUCUUCCGGAUGAUCACUCAAACUCUAAAUGUCUAGGUUUCCCGACCUAUAAACAGGAUGGUUCAUGCCAUUCACCUGUUUAAGUUAGAGACCCACCUCCACCUACGUAGGAGAGCCCUAGGAACCCUUUGCCUCCCAAGUCCCUAAAAAAGCAUCUCUGGUUUUGGCUCCAGGCGCCGCCUGGUGGCUGUUUCCGUAGGUGCCUCUGAGCGUUAGGGUCCUAGCCGCGGUCCGGCCUGCCCAAGAAUUUGCCUAACUCGAGAGCCUGUCUGUGCCCCUCCCCUCUACCCGUCGAGGAUUUUAAAGACGGCGAUGAAGGAGAUGGCGUUAAGGCGAAGAGGGCGACCGGCGGCCUCGCCACUCCCUCUAGGAUGGCGGAGUCAGGCGGUCGUCAGGCAGCUCGCGACCCGGAAGUUGCCGCAGGCGCGAGGCCCCCGUUGCCGAGAGCGGGCGCGCGGGGCGGGGCUUGGCGAAGACGGGGAAGGGGUCGCCGGCGCUCCGGCUCUUGGAGUCGGCGGCUCCCUCAGGCGCUGCGACGCGGACGUAGAGCCUGGAGGGCGGGUGGCUGUGGUUCCCGGGGGGCACGCUCAGCUUCGGGCGGAGGCGACAUGAGUGCUGCGGGGCUUUUGGCGCCUGCUCCGGCCCCGGCUGGAGCGCCGCCGGCCCCGGAGUACUACCCGGAGGAGGACGAAGAACUGGAGAGCGCCGAGGAUGACGAGCGCAGCUGCCGGGGCCGCGAGUCGGACGAAGACACUGAGGAUGCUAGUGAAACUGACCUGGCAAAGCAUGAUGAAGAAGACUAUGUAGAAAUGAAGGAACAGAUGUAUCAGGAUAAACUGGCUUCUCUCAAGAGACAGUUGCAACAACUGCAGGAAGGUACAUUACAAGAAUAUCAGAAGAGGAUGAAGAAGUUAGAUCAGCAGUACAAAGAGAGGAUACGAAAUGCAGAGCUCUUCCUCCAGCUGGAAACGGAACAAGUGGAAAGAAAUUACAUCAAAGAAAAGAAGGCGGCAGUGAAAGAAUUUGAAGACAAGAAGGUUGAGUUGAAAGAGAACUUAAUUGCUGAGCUAGAGGAAAAGAAGAAAAUGAUCGAAAAUGAAAAGCUAACGAUGGAACUGACUGGAGACUCCAUGGAAGUGAAACCCAUCAUGACCAGAAAGUUGCGGAGGCGACCGAAUGAUCCUGUCCCCAUCCCAGACAAGAGGAGGAAACCUGCUCCUGCCCAGCUCAACUAUUUGUUAACAGAUGAGCAGAUCAUGGAGGAUCUGAGAACGUUAAAUAAGCUGAAGUCACCCAAGAGACCAGCAUCCCCAUCCUCUCCUGAACACUUGCCCACCACCCCUGCAGAGUCUCCAGCCCAGAGAUUUGAAGCUCGGAUAGAAGACGGCAAACUGUACUACGAUAAAAGAUGGUACCAUAAGAGCCAAGCCAUCUAUCUGGAGUCAAAGGACAACCAGAAACUGAGCUGUGUGAUCAGCUCUGUCGGAGCCAACGAAAUCUGGGUGAGGAAGACAAGCGACAGCACCAAGAUGAGGAUUUAUUUGGGCCAGCUUCAGCGUGGGCUCUUUGUGAUCCGCCGGAGGUCAGCGGCUUGAUGUUCUCCAGUAUUCUUCUUCCCUCGACCCCUUUUCUGGAAUGGUUUUUGGUUUUGUCUUGUUUUCUUAAUAGAAAAUUUUUAACUUGGGAAUGGCUCCUUGGCCUUGGCAGACGGAGAACACUGUGGUGGAUUCCGCAAGGCACUCUCGUGGCCAGCCCCGUCCCGCCUUGCAUCGUUCUUUCCCUGCGUCAACUUCUUCUAGUCGUCCGUCACCCUGAGACUGUUGUGCGCUCUGGAGCAUUGGGAGUUGGCUUUACCGAUUUUUUUUUUUUUUGGCUUAUGCUUUGUCUUUUGUUUUUUCUCUUUUAAAGCCUCCUCUAAGUUUGAAGAGAGAGCUCUCUCUAUUAUCUGUAGGCCUUUCUUCCAUGGCGAGGAGCAGGAAGGGGUACCCUCUGCAAUGCGUUUUCACCUUUUGAAUCCAAUCAGUGGAUCACGUAGGUCCCUUCCUUGUCAAGCACAGUUCACUGCUUCCUCAGAAGCGUGGGGCAGAGGUCCUAGCAGAAGAGCCAUUCUCCGGACUCGAAGCCUUCUUGGAGAAAUGAAUGUCUUGUGUUACGUCUGGUGUGUUCCAUCCAUUCCACCGGCUGAAAGACAGAAAAAUUUGCGUGAGAGACAACGUGCACUGCAGUAAACAGGGCUAGGGCAGGGAAAGUGUUUCAUAUUCAUAAAGUGCUGAAGUUACUGAUUUCAGAUGUUGUUUAGACAAGUGGUUUAUUCACACGGUUUUAUUCUAGCUCAGUCUGGAACACAAAGUGAUCAUUUCAGAAAUGUUAGUGAGUAGUUCGCUGUUGUCUCCUGCUCCCAAGUAGAUGAGGUGGUCCCUGCUGCCAGCUGAUGGUCUGGGUUGUCUGUGGGGAGGCGAGAUGGAUGGUGGAGCCAUCAGUGAUCUGCACACUCUAACUCAGAUCACACUCUUGUUGCUGAUGCCAGUGUUUCACCUUGGCCAUUCCAAACCCAUGAAACCUUGUCAGCUCCCAGGAGCUCUGGCCCAGGUUGGAGACAAAGAAGGCCAUGACCGCCAUUAAACCCACACUCUCCCUAAAUGAAUCCUGAUGAAACAGCCUGACCUGCUCACGUUCCUUCACUCUCCAAAUUGGACAGAUGACUUACUGGCUGAUUGUUUGCUUUAAUAUUCUUGUUGCCAUCUUAAGAUGUUAAAAUAUUCGGGUCAAGUGUUAGCAUUUCUGAGCAAUCAGUAGACGUUAUGUGUCCUGGGAGACCUUUGUAAGCAAUUCCCUUGGUCUCAAGUGAUUGUCUUCAUAUUAUCUCUUGAUACACAUGUCCCAAAGUAGGUUGUGGAGCUGUGAGGACAAGUAGAUUACCUUCUCGAGUCCUGGCUUCAACAGAGACCAACCUUAGUGACCCAGAGUAAAGGCUUGUACAGGUACAUUUGAGUUUUAAUUUAUAAUCCAGUUUUUCUCUCAUUUUCUUCUGGUGUUGGAGUCUCAUUUAGAAAAUAGGAUAAAUGACGUCAUUUAUCAGAAGUUGCCUGGGCGUUCUGAGUUUCUCUGCCUUCCAGCCUCCCACGGUGAUGAUUUUUACAGUAGUGAACCAGAUCUGCACUAAACAGGGCCUUCACCUUUUACUUUUUCUUGGCAGCCUUUGCUCUAAGGGCGGCCCUCUCUUGGCUGAAUUUUCGCUGUGGGGUGUGUCACCUCCCAUAAUAUCAGGGAGCUCUUUGUUAUCCCCUUGCACAGUGUGCUGGAAAUUUAUUUAGAUGUAUUUUGUGUGUGUUGCCAUCAAAGAUGGUUUAAAAAAAUUUUUUUUUUUUAAUGAUUGUCUUUCUACCACUACUCUCUAGUUUCUCUGGGGGGUGGGUGGGGUGGUGGUGGUAAGAAUUGUGUUGAUAACAACUUUCCGUGUUGAAGCAGCAGCAACUCACCUUGUUUUCUGGCCUUGCCUGGUGGUUCCUUCAUGCUUUCAUGAAAAGAUUAGUGAUUUGAAGACCAGGCACUUCAGCCUUUUCCCUUCUGUAAAUUGGAGGAUGUUUGAGGCCACGCUUCAGCAUGGACUCGGCCACACCACUACCUUCCCCUCAGUAUCCUCACAACCCUUCACAGUCAUGAUGUGGUGAGAAUGAGGGAGACCGUGUGGUCCACUUGAGACAUGGCACAGUAAAUUAUAUUCCUGAUCCUGGUAGAUCUGCUUUUUAUUGAGUCACUCCAGAGGUGAAGAGUCAGCAGUUCUGCCCCUGUGGUUGGUGACCAGGGAGGGAAGAGCCUCCUUGUUAGGAGAUAGAGGUGCUUUUAUGAUGGGCAAAGUCAAAUAAGACAAGGAAAAGACAGAUUCUGAGCUUCCUAGAAUAAGAGGGGCCUGGCUUUAACCCAGGUGGUUAUUCUUCUUCCAAAAGGCUUUUGUCUCAUCAGUGCACCAGAUAAAUUCCCAGAUUCAAACUAUUUCCUGAAAGUGGUACUUGGAUAAAGUGUGGUUCAGACAAUUCCAAUCAAUAACCUAUACAUUUGUUAAUCUGAUCAAGAACCUGUAUGUGUGUGAUUCUGUUCAAGAAGCUGUGUGUGUGUGAUCCUGAUCAAGAACCUGUACACGUGUUUUGUCGUGGCGUCAGCCUCACGCGGUGCCCGCGCUGUUUGCUGCAGGUGCGCCCUAAUAUUUAUUUUACCUCCACCCAGGAGCUGUGUCUCCCUCAUCUCCCUCUCUAAGCCAGUGUCCUCUUGAACAGUUUCCAGAUUUCUGUAGCCAUACCAAAGCCAGGAUAUUUUCCUUGAUUUGGAUACCAGUAUUUAUAGAAGUCUAACUAACUACCUAACUUUAAGUUUUUUUUUUAAGAAAUUCUAACUGGGGCCAGUAGAAGAUCCCAGAAGCUGAUCUGCAAAUCAAGCUACUUGUAUUGGUGUGUGAGACCCUGUGUUUAGGAUUGGAUGACUUUUCUAAGAGAAAUACUGGGGGGUGGGAUGGAAUGGGUUUGGUUGCAAUGUUUUUUUUUUAAACCUAACUUGACUGGGUUGAGGGUGGGGGUGGGGUCCUAUUUUUUACAAUAUUUUUGUUUUUUAUUUUCUAUUAACAUUUCCUUUUACCCUUGAAUUUUUACUAAAAUUCCUCCUGAUAAAAAAAUCUUGUUUCUAAUCUGGGAAUUUGAAAUCUCGGUACUUAAUGUUACACCAUUUUUUCCAAAGAGUUUAAAACACUUUAAUACCAGAACAUGGCAAAAAAUAAUAAUAACAUACAGCCAUUUCAAGCAGUUGGUGGGCUUUUUUUUUAAUACAAUAACAUCAUUAACUGGUACAUUAAAUGUUCUGAGAGGUGAAUGUAACAAGUAGAGGGUUUUUUUUUUUUCUUUAAAUGACAAUAAACUUUCAAAGAGAAAACCA